UCGAGUUGCUGAAAGAGUUCUGGAAGUGUUUUCCGCCGACCACACCGCAACUGGAGGCAGAAGCAACCCGCAUGCACGACAUCCUGCAGCGCUUCGCGAUGGUAAAGCUGAAACCCUUUGAGGAUCGUGCCAUGAGAGAACUGUUGCCGUUUGGAUCCUCGCUGACGCAGCAUCUCAAUCAGCUGCUUCAAUCGGCCAACAGGAAGUACGCGACGUGGCAGGAACGGCAGCGACGAGCACACAGGUAGCAUCAACAGCAGCAGCAACAUCAUCUCCACCACCAUCACAACCACAACAACAGCAACAGCGCCUAUUCGUAAAUUCCGCUGCAAGUCACCAGCUAUCCUCAAUUAUUCAAAGUUUGCCUCCGGAUAAUACGCCAACAUAUUGGUGCCAUCGUGCUCUGCCAGCCACGUUCCUCCCCACCAAGGAAGCACAAUCGCUUCAUAUCUUGUACUCGACAUCGGUCAUCGGUUUUCGGCAUCGUCGUCAUUCCCAUCGUCGCCGCGUCUGCUUGCCUGCGCUCAGGCUGUCGAUAGUAGUUAUUUAGGGGGUAGUUUCACUCUCUUGUAUCGCAACCGGUACCUGUUGCUUAUGAAGGUGCGCUGUUCCAUUAUCAAUACCGGAGCUCUCGUGAGUGUUAAGGAGAGGAGGGACGUUAAUAGCGGAAGUGUUGAUCCGUUGCUUUGGAAAAUGUAAUUUUCGAAGUUUAUGUGUUUGUUUCGAUUCCGUUGGAACGGUUUCUGUUUGAUUUUAUUUCAUGCAAAGAGUAGAAAUCCAGAAUCCAGAAGGUUUGUGGACAUUCUGCUAUUCCCAUCUCUACCGGGAGGCUGCCGAGAAAGGCGGAUGAAUUUUCUCAAAAUAGGGUACCUAGUAUUAGAGCGUCCUAGAUGCAUUUGGGAACCGCAAAUGGCAACUAUAUCAGACUUCCUGUAGAACCAACAUAAUUUCAUAUCAAACCUUGCAAACCGCAUUGUUUCCGCUCUGUAGGGAACACCCUUUCGGGCUUCAUAUUUUGUUCCACGUUCCUGUGUGAAGGGCAAUCGAAUGGCAAGGGGCAGGUAUACAGUAUAUUAUAGAUUGCGACAGGAAAGAGAAGAAAGUGAAGGGGAGCGGAGCUAUUGUUUGAAAGAGGAAGCCGUGGUAAACUCAUCUGGAUGGAUGUUGCAUACAGACUGAUGGAGCGAGGAAACUGCCUUUUUAAAGAGGAAGAUAAAAAUCGUAAUGGAACUAAAUAAACCGGCGCAUGAUUUGAUGCUCCUACUGGAA